CAAAUCUUCCCACUACUAUUUAUUUCUCGUUCAAUUUGAAGUAACCACAUCUCAUUAUUAUAAAACUCCUACAGUCAAUCAGGGUAACUUUUUACCAGUCAGGGUAUCUUUGUACCACUUCCUACUUUUGUUUCAAAUGUUUGGUGUGCCAUCUACUGGCGUUCUUAUGCACCAAAAUUAGCACUGUUUUUAUCUCUGAGAUUUCUAGUUCGUAUUUCAACUGUCUUUCCACUUUCCUAUAAGCUCUUUGAAUUGUUAGUGUUUGAAUGUGUUGGCUGCGAAGAGAACUUCUGACAACAGUGUUUUCAAUUUGUGAUUACCAUGGGACGGCAGAAACCUUCAAAACCAGGUGUCAAGAUAUGACUUAACUAUGCACCUCAAGUCAAAGAUUGAUAUUGGAACACCCAUAUCACUGACAGUGAUACAAUGUUGUACAAAAGAUCUUUCUUCAAUCUCCGUAAACACAGUGGGUCUUCCAACUUUACAGCUGUGCUUGUUUUUUAAUUUGUUCACAAUGGUUUGUCUUGGAAUGUUAUAUUUCCUUGCAGCUUCCCUCUGGCCGAUUCUUCCAGUACGUAAGCAAAAAUGGACUGACUGGAUUUACAAUGCACCUCCUGGAACACGAAUGAAUUCAUCAGACAGUGGGUGGAUGGAACAAGGAGUAUUUGAUGACUGGUUUGAAACUCACUUCCUCCCUUUUGCCUUAAAGAAAGAAGGAAGGAGAGUAAUUAUUGGAGAUAACCUCUCCUCUCACAUCUCAAUCAGAACUUUGGAGCUUUGUGAACAAAAUAACAUUAAGUUCAUUUGCCUGCCACCGAAUGCGACACAUCUUCUGCAGCCGCUAGAUGUGGCUUAUUUUUCUUCUCUGAAGAAAAACUGGAGAGAUGUUCUUUCUCAAUGGAGGAAGACUCCAGAAGGAAAGAAGAAACAAUGUCUUCCAAAGGGUACAUUUAGUGGCCUACUGGCGAAGACUUUGCAGUUAGGUGAACAGACAGCAUCUUCAAAUUUAGUGAAAGGAUUUGAGAAAUGUGGAUUGUGUCCUGUAAACUGUGAUAGAGUCUUACAAUGUCUCCCUGAUUAUGCAAGAAAUGAGUCUUCUGUGAUGGGAAGUGUGGGAGCUGAAUUUAAAAAAUAUUUGGAGACAAUAAGACAAUCAGAUCUGAAUGUGAAGUGUGUCAAAAAGUACAAGUUGCCCAUAGAACCAGGGAAGAGUGUGUCUACAGAAGAUGUUAGGGCAUUUUAUGAGAAUAGGGAGCUAACUAGAAACAAUGGAAGGAGAAGACAGUCACAAAUAGAGGGAGGAGAAAAUGAACUGCGGGGUGAGCUAGAGUUUCAGCAGUGUGGCACAUCACGACCAAGAUCAGGACCAAAAACAAGAGGAGGUGUAAGAGCUCGUGCUGCAACACUCAGAACUUUAAAUCGAAGUAAUCUGCCUACAGAUGCUUCUGAAAGCUGUAUCUUAGCUGAAUUAGAUGUGACCAGAAGUAUGACUGAUCGCAUGGAACUUGUAAACAGCCCUAUUGUCAUCGCUGAGGGGAACAUGGUUGUAGAAGAAGAAUUACUAACUGAUAUGGUCAAUCAACCUUCUACAUCAGAAGGUGACUUUCAUGUAAAUGACUAUGUCAUUGCAGUAUAUGAGGGCAAAUGCUAUCCUGGAAAAGUCACUGCAGUAGAGGUGCGAGGCAAUUGUGUGACAUUCAGAAUAAGUUGCAUGGUUAAAAAAGGAAAAUAUUGGGUGUGGCCUGAGAGAGAGGAUUCAAUUUGGUACAGAAAGGACUGUAUAUUAAAGAAAAUUGAUGAAUCCUGCAUGAAACAUAUUAAUAAAAGGGGCAUGGUUCAUAUCAGUGAUGACCUCCUGUGCUCAUCGGAUGAAGAUAUUUGAGGAAAUCUAUUUCCUGUAUAGUAUUAGUGAAUGUGUUGUGUUCUGUUUUCGAAGAAAAUAUGUAACUAUUAUUUGUAAUAUGUAUUACAAGCCAUUCACUGUGAAAAAUAUGUUUUUUCUACAUUUCUUUUCACUUAAUUUGAGAUCUGUCAAUGCCAGGUGGAUACAAAUAUAUUGAUAUUUCAAAAUAAACACUCUAUUGUGUAUUAA